AGCCGAGCCGGGCUGUGCAGGCGGCGGCGGCCGGCAGCGCGAGCGCCGGGGACGAGGCCGCCGCGGACGGGCACCGAGGGCCCCGCGGCUCGGCCGGGGAGGGGCCCGGCCCCGCAGCCCCCACGCCGGGAGAGGAUGCGGUGCGCCCCGAGACCCCGGUAGCCGCGCGGCGCCGCGCUGCAGUCGCGAUGAUGGAUGAGCCCUGGUGGGAAGGACGCGUCGCCUCGGACGUCCACUGCACCCUGCGCGAGAAGGAACUGAAGCUGCCCACCUUCCGAGCCCACUCCCCGCUCCUGAAGAGCCGCCGGUUCUUCGUGGACAUCCUGACUCUCCUGAGCAGCCACUGCCAGCUGUGCCCUGCAGCCCGGCACCUGGCCAUCUACCUGCUGGACCACUUCAUGGACCGCUAUAACAUCACCGCCUCCAAGCAGCUGUACACUGUGGCGGUCUCCUGCCUCCUGCUAGCCAGUAAAUUCGAGGACAGAGAAGACCACGUGCCCAAGCUGGAGCAGAUAAACAGCACCAGGGUCCUGAGCAGCCAGAACUUCUCCCUCAGCAAGGAAGAACUGCUGAGCACGGAGCUGCUGCUCCUGGAGGCCUUCAGCUGGAACCUGUGUCUGCCCACGCCCGCUCACUUCCUGGACUACUACCUCUUGGCUUCCGUCAGCCAGAAGGAUCACCACUGCCACACCUGGCCCAGCGCCUGUCCCCGCAAGACCAAAGAGUGCCUCAAGGAAUACGCCCACCACUUCCUUGAGGUCACCCUGCAAGAUCACAUAUUCUACAAAUUCCAGCCCUCUGUGGUCGCUGCUGCCUGCAUAGGGGCCUCCAGGAUCUGCCUGCAGCUUUCUCCUUGCUGGACCAAAGAGCUGCAGAGGGUCUCAAACUAUUCCCUGGAGCAUCUCAGUGCCUGCAUUGAAAUCCUGCUGGUAGUGUAUGACAGUGUCCUCAAGGAUGCCGUUGCAGUCAAGAGCCAGGCCUUGGCAAUGGUGCCAGGCACGCCACCAACCCCCACCCAAGUGCUGUUCCAGCCACCCACCUACCCCGCGCUCAGCCAGCCAUCAGCCACCCUGGCCCGACUCCAGGCACCCGUGCAGGACCUGUGCUUGGCCUACCAGGACUCGCUGCAGGCCCACCCUUCUGGGAGCCUGCUCUCCACACGCACAAGCUUGUCUCUCCAUAGUCCAUACCCAGCUCUCCAGCCCCUGGACAUGUGUCCCAUGCCCGUCCCUGUGUCCCUCAGCAUGCAGAUGGCCGUCGCGACCGAGCCCAGACACUGCCUUGCAGCCACCUACGGAAGCAGCUACUUCAGCAGCAGUCACGUGUUUCCCACUGGCUGUUUUGAUAGAUAGCCGCCCUCCCCAGGGCCUGCAGGAAAGCCUCGAAGACCCAAGUGGAGGAAGAGGGGGGUGGCAGUGGGGAGGCCAUCCCUGAAGAGGCUGGUGCCCUUGGGCAAGGAAGGGUCGUGCUGUUUUUAAAUAAAACUAGCCCGGAGCAAAACAUUCAGCCACACACUUAGCCGGAGAGCGUCCCUCAGAAACCUCUGACACACAACGCUGGCCUGGGGUACAGAGAGGCGGCUCCGUGGCCAGUCUCAAGCAGGGCUCUGGUAAAUCAAGAAAGACUUGGUAAGAAGCCAGGCUGCUGCAUGCAGACCACUCGCCCACAAGCACGUCGAGUUUUAGCCUCAGACUUCUCGUGCUGAUGACAGCUACACCACUGAAAACAAACGUGCAGCUGGAUACAAGCUCAGGAUCCGUGCACAAUGCUCCCUGCCAGUCUAGAAAGACCUGAGGUGUGCUUGUGUCUGAGCGCCUGUCUGCAGGGCCCGGCGGGUGGCUCUUGCCUUCUUACUGACCCUGAUGCCUUUCUGGGCCUUGUAGAUAUUUCACAUGCUGCUGCUUCUCCAGGUGACCUAGCUUUCUGUCCUGCAAGAUGUCUUGUUUACAUACUGCAUCAGGGAUUUUACAAUACUUGAAAAUUCCUUAAGAGAGAGAGAAAAAAAAUGUGAUUGCCACAUUUCCCAUUCCAAGUGAGGCUGUGGGUUUUACCUCGGCUUGUGAGGGACCCACAUAAGAACAGAGCUUCCUUUCCAGGAGUGCAUGGUUGAGGGGGAGAAAUCCUUCCCAGGCUCCCUGUUCCAGAAGAUUCCACGUCUUCAAUCCAGUCUUCAUCUGUAGUUUCACUAACCGCAGAAGGGGAGAAGGGUGUUAAAGAUGAAGGUUUGAAGCAGAGACAAUCUCACCUCCUUCCACCAGCUACUUAUAGUAAGCGAGUUAACCCGGCCUCGGCUUCCAGCUGGGCCAGUGUGGACGGUUCACCUACUGCCACCUGGAUUUGGAUGUACAUGGGUAUGGGACGCUGCCACCGCCACCUCAGGGAGACAGAGGUUAGGAGAGCCAGUGCUCGGGGAUCUGCUGCAGGAGGAAUCUCAGAAAGACUCUUGUAAUCAUGUGCAAUAUGUUUGUGUCCCUACUCAUGGCUUGGACUCACCAUGCUCUUUUGGUUGGUUUGUUGUCGGGGGACACUGUUCACCCUUCAGAACUGGUAGGUGCAAAGGCCCACAGAAGCAAUUUGUGUUUUUUUGUUCUUUGUUUUUUUUUUUUUAAGAAGGAGCUGCCUUGGUGUGUUCAACUCAUUUGCCAGUCUAGGCAAUGGGAGUGGGGAAAGCGUCAGGAAGAUGGUGAAGACUUUCACCCAGAGGAGAAUCUCAGUGUGCAAACAGUAUGAAAAGAGACCAGCCACGCCGAUAAGGCACUGCUGGCUCUGUUACUAGCAUACAUAGGAACGCACGGUUCGUUCGUUGUUUUUCUUUUUCUUUUGCAGACCUGUUUCUAUUUAUGUAUGACUGGUUUGGAUUCCACGGUAUUGUAUCUGUCUAUUCUGGGGCUGGGGGCUUGUGAGGGGUUCCCUCAGUCAGACCAGCUCCCCAAAAUAGGCAUCCUGCAAUAAACGUGUCACCCGCUA